AUGAGCGCCAGUGAGCAUUCGCCCACGAAGUGGCGCAAACAGCGUAUCUUGCUCGCCUGGCUGGGGCUUGCGGUCUUGGCCCUGUCCGGGAAGCUUCCUGCAUUUCAAUAUGGCGGCAAUCAGCCGCCAAGCCGACCAAGCCGAGCAAGCCGCAGAUGGAUGCUGCACGCUGCUGCAGUGCCGAUCCUGGUGCCCUUGCAAAGCAACGCCGAUGUGAUCCGCCUGGUCCGGGAACCCCUUCCAAAGGCCUUCAGUGAAUCUGCCAUCGCUGCUGCUAAAGCCCUCAAGGAGGCACUUGAGGCUGAAGAGGCAGUCGGAGACUCCUUCAUCGGUCCGGAGCAGGAGGCAAAGCUGGCAGGAAUGGAACAAACUGCCGGGAAGCUUGUGCAACGCUAUGGUGAGAGAUAUAUCUCGGAGGACUCCCUCUCCCCGAAUGAUCCUCUCAGAAAGAACCAGGUCCAUUUUGAGAUGGAGGAGAUUCUCAACAGCUUCGAGGCCGCCGUGAAGACCGACAAAUUACCCAAGUACCGGAAGGAAUUGAUUGAGCGACUGCAGAACGUCUUGGACUUAGCGGAGAAGCAGCCGUGGUCCAGGGAUUCUGCUGGCAAGGCUGGAAAGAAGAAACACUAUCGGCCAGGGGUCUUCAGCCUCAUACUGGUGCACCUCGGCCAUCAUGGCUUCAAGGAGUCGAGGCAGAAGACAAGAAGGCAGAGGAUCCUCCACCAGGGCGCGAUGCUCCAGGACGAGGACGACUUAUUGGUCCUGUUGUCCUUCACUCCGCCCUCGCAGAAGGAGGAGCUCCUCCAGCAGCCCAACGACCCCGACUUGCUUGGCAGCCACGGCUUCUGUGCUCUGCACGCCUCAGCCCAUGGCGGCCAGGUGCACGCCACCAAUCUCCUGCUGGAGGCGCGGGCGGCGGUGGAUCAAACGGGCCCAGAUCAGACGACACCGCUCUUCAUGGCAGCGCAGAAUGGCUUCUCAGAGGUCGCGAGGUCCUUGCUGAAAGCGGGCGCCGACCGAAACCGCGACUGCACUGACGUCGGCGCCACGCCCAUGUUCAUCGCAGCCGGGCGUGGGAAGCUCGAGGUGGUGCGGGUUUUGCUGGAACAUCGGGCCGAGCCGGACAAGGCCCAGCUGGACAAUAAGGCAACGCCGCUCCUGAUGGCUGCAUCCAAAGGCCAUGUGGAAGUCGUCCGGCUGCUGCUCGAGGCGAGAGCCAACCAUGAUUCGGACCUCACAGCGGGUGGGGUGACGCCGCUGCUCAUGUCCUGCGUGCGGGGUCACGUCGAGGUCCUCCGCGCACUGCUGGAACACCGCAGUGAUGUGAACAAGCCAUGCACCGAUGAUGGGACGACUCCACUGAACAUGGCGGCGGGCCGUGGUCACGCUGAAGCGGCCCGCGUUCUUCUGGAGUUUGGUGCUACAAUCAACCAGGCUUGCACAGAUGACGGUGCCACGCCCCUGUUCCGGGCCUGCGAGCGCGGGCACCUCGCCGUCGUCCGCCUCUUGCUCGAGGGUCGAGCUGAUGCGAAUGUCGCUCUCAGCACCACAGGAGCCAGCCCGCUGUGUGCGGCUGCGUCACUUGGCCGUGUGGAGGUUGCCCGGCUGUUGCUGAUGGCCGGUGCUGACCAGGACCAGGCCAAAUUGGAUGGCACCAGGCCGGCUCAAGCAGCAACGGAGGCUUCUCACACAGAGGUCGUGUUGCUGCUUGCAGCGUUUCGCGCGGGCUGCCGGCAAGAUGAGACCUGA